AUGGCUAAUCCACUCGUUGCUUACUCUGAUGACGAAAGCUCGUCUGAUAGUGCAUAUUCGCAGGGGGAAGAAAACCCAGUUGUUGACGUUGUGCCCAAUCUUGGGGAAGAAAGCCAACUCCCAACCAUACCAUCUACAUCUUCAUCCAAAUCAGAUCUGCCUCCAUCUCCACCACCAACCGCUACAUCUCCACCAUCACCAGUUAAAGAAGCAUCUCCACCUGUAGUUGCAGAAUCUCCACCACCAUCCAUCAUAGAAUCCCCACCAUCACUAGUCCAAGAAACCCCACUAUCACCAGUCCAAGAAAUCCCACUAUCACCAGUCCAAGAAACCCCAUUAUCACCAAACCCAGAAACCCCAUUAUCACCAAACCCAGAAACUCCCACAACCACUGUCCCAAAUAAUCCCCCUUCUUCCCCAUCUCACAAAACCAUCCCUCAAAAUCCACCACCAUCCCCAAUCACGGAUGAUAUUCUUUUGAUUACCCUUCACCCCAAAAAACCAAGGCGGCCAAGAAAGCACAUUGCAGUUAAACAGGUUCGUCCACACAGGCCAGUCACAAGGAGUGCAAAUGUGGUCAAAUCAACUGAUGAUGCAACUUCUGGUGUGAAGCGUCGGCGAUUGGGUAAGUCUCCCGUUCAUUCAUCCGUUUCUCCAAUGAAUCUUAACUCUGAAACUGAUGAUGCAUCUGAGGGCAAACAUUCUGCAGCCCCUCAAUCAAAAUCAAAAUCUUCAAAAAGAAAUGCAGAUAAUUUUUCAAAGUAG